AUGGCGGGCCGCUGCUACGGCUGCGCCGCCAGGUUCACGCUCUUCAGGAAGGAGUGCGGGUGCCCGGGCUGCGGGCGGGCCUUCUGCGCCGGCUGCCUCCGCUCCAGCGCCGCCGCUGCCCGCUGCGGAGACGCGCCGCAGAAGCUGUGCCAGCGGUGCCGAGGCAGCCUCGCCGGAGAGGGAUCUCAAAGCAGCUCAGCAAAAUGGUCACCACCGGCGAACUACAAAAAGCGCGUGGCAGCUUUUGAGGCUAAGCAAAACCAGCCAAAAGGGCAGCAGAAGGCAGCGGUGAAACCAUGUCAAGCAGGCUCUGGAUACCAAGGACUUUCAAAAGAAGAUAGAGCUAUUGCAGAGAGACUGGAGAGGCUCAGGGAGGAAAGGAAACCCAAGUCCAUCCCUUCUGAGGCCGAGAUCGAAGCGAGGCUGGCUGCACUGAAGGAAGGCUGCCAGCGACCUGCCCCAUCCAUCCAGGAGAUGGAGGACCGUUUGGCCGUGCUGCAAGGGAGAGUGCCUCCUUCCCAGGCUCCCAGAGCAGUGCACCAGCCCCCUGAUAGCAGAAGCCUCACCCAGCAGACAGAUGACCUGUUAACUCAGCUGACUGAAGAAGUUGCCAUUGAUGAGCGUUACACUCCAGAAGUCCCACCUCAAGCUGCUAACAGGCAAACCUUGAAUGAUCUCAGUCGGGAAAGCGAAGGUGGCCUUUGCCCAGCAAGGCUGGAUCCAAAACAGCUAGAAGAAGAGAAGAAUAAACUUUUGGCAGAGGCCGCUUCUGAACUGCGGGAAGAGAACACAAGGCAGGAGAAGAUCCUGCAAGUUGCCAAGAGAUUGGCAGCACUUAGAGGCCAAGACCCAGAGAAAGUUACUUUGGAAAACUAUAAUCUCCCGGACAGUGAUGAGGAGGUGGAUGAAGAGAAAGCCAUCCAGAGAGUGCUAAAACAGCUUGCAGAGGAAGCAGCCUUGGAUGAAGCAAGUGGCUUCAAUAUUCCUCCAGAUCAGAAGACCCAGCCAGGAUCCCUGCAACACAACCUACCUAAAAAGGCAAAGCAAAAGAGCCAGGCUUCGGUGGCCGUGGCGCUUCCCACCUCAGACGAGAGUGAUGAGGAGUUACCCUGGUGCUGUAUCUGCAACGAAGAUGCCACCUUGCGCUGCCACGGCUGUGACGGGGACCUCUACUGCCAGCGGUGCUUUCGAGAAGGCCACGAUGAGUUUGACCUGAAGGACCACCACACCUCCCGCUAUCAUCUUCCUCGCAAGCAGAAGUGAUCAGUCUCCUCAAGGGCAGAAAAGGAGCUGGAGAACUGGAGAAGAUGGAGUUGGCCAGAUGGGAAGAGUCAGAGUGGAUUUUCAGCCAAAAUGGGUCAUGUUUUGGACAGUUAAAGGCUGUGCUGUAAUCUGAGCACAGAGGCUUGGUGUGUGUGCAACAGCUAGAGGAGUGGUGGGUUUGUAAUGCGUGCCUGUGAUAAAUGAGGACUUGGUGCAAGGAGAUGAAUAUGAAUCUUAAAAUACAGAAUAUGAGUCUUAAAAUACAGAUGAUAAGGCAAAGUGGAUGGCAGCGAAGAUGUGUGUUUAAGGUGGUUCUGGCUGUCUGGUAAAUAACAUCCUGCUUUCGCUAACAGCUCUCACGUUGGUUCAACAGGCAGCAGAGCACUUUGCACUAAGAGAACUGUUUUGAUCACAUGUCUGAUCACAUGACUAAUGAGAAUUUCCA